AGCAGGCCCAAAUGAAUCUCCCUCUUAAUCUCCCGAGUGGUCCGUACAACCGGACGCUCGCUCGCUCCCGUCUCCUUCCCUCAACGCUGCUGCCGCUGGAACUGCCUUCUUCUCCUGCGCCGGCGGUCGGGAACGGAAAACAUGCAACAGGGCGGGGGAUCGGAGACAGAGGUCACGUGGGAAGACCAGCAGAACAUCAACAGAUUCUCCAAGCUCAACAAUCGGUUCCACGAGCUCGAAGAUGAGAUAAAGGCCGCAAAGGAGAGAAAUGAUAAUCUUGAGGAUGCUAGCAACGAGCUGAUUCUCACGGAUGAGGAGGUGGUCCGCUUCCAGAUCGGAGAGGUCUUUGCUCAUGUGCCAAAGGAUGAAGUUGAGGAGAGGAUCGAACAGAUGAAGGAGGUCACCACCAAGAACUUGGAGAAAUUGGAGGAGGAGAAGGAGUCGGUGCUAGCACAGAUGGCCGAGUUGAAGAAGAUUUUGUACGCAAAGUUCAAAGACUCCAUCAAUCUAGAGGAGGAUUGAUGAAGCCACUAGUAGAUUCUCAUGUUGACUGCAAGAUUUCUUCUCUUGCAUUUUUCCCGGAAUUUCGGCAUCCCGUUCGACUCCUAUGACCACAGCACGCUGCUGGUAUCUACGGCACUGUCCAGUGAUCUAAUUUUGUGUUUUGGUGCAGUCUUUGAUUCCGCAAACACUAGGAACUUGCUUUUCGAAACGUGUAAUAUGUGGUUGUGAACCGGGUAAUUUCAUAGUGAUUUAUCAGUUUUCUUGAAUUGCGUUAGCUCAGAUGACUCUUCCUGUACUAUUUACCACAACGGACUGCUGCUACCUAUGAGAAUGUCCAGUGAUUUGUAUU